AGGGAGGCCGGGCCUGCAGGCGGCUCCGGAACAAAAACCUUCGAAAAAAAUUUACUGCCGAAGCGGCGGAGAAUCCGGAGCAGGAGCAGCCUUCAGAUCAGACGUACCCAAGCAGUACUUGGUUGGCUUUUGGCCAUUGCUAAAGUUUGCCGCAAAAUAUAAUGGUUGGACCAAGAUUUGUGAAGCCAUGGGUCCGAUGUGCUGUUUCAAUGUCUGGAUUAUAAUAGCAGAUGUACACUUGUGCUGCUCACAGAUGAUGACUCGCUCUGCACACUGAGGUCAGUGUGUGCCACAUCUGGCAUUUAUCACAAACAUGGUGGACUGUGACAGCGGCCGUGAUUCCACAUUCCAGAGUUCAUGCUGCACGGUGAGCAGUGGGACAAGGGACGAUUGCAGCAACCAUGGGCAGUACUCCCAGACUGUCUUUGAGGAGAUGCAGGGCUACGAUGUGGAAUUUGACCCUCCACUGGAAAACAAAUACGAGUGUCCAAUUUGUCUGAUGGCGUUAAGGGAAGCGGUGCAGACGCCCUGUGGCCACAGGUUCUGUCGAGGUUGCAUUGUAAAAUCUAUUAGGGAUGCUGGACACAAGUGCCCUGUGGACAAUGAGAUGUUGACGGAAGCCCAACUUUUCCCAGAUAAUUUUGCAAAGCGGGAAAUUCUUUCCCUGACAGUAAAGUGUCCCAACAAGGGCUGUUAUCAGAAAAUGGAGCUGCGACAUUUGGAGGAACACCAGGAGCAGUGUGAUUACACCUUUGUUGACUGCCCUCAAUGUGAUGCUUUGCUGUUGCGAAAGGAACUGCAGGGGCACAUGGAAUCAGACUGUCCCAAGAGACGUGUUGCCUGUGAGAACUGUGCCAUGCUGAUGGCCUAUCAGGACAAAAAGGGUCAUGAUCUGAAUUGCCCUUUGGCCAAUGUUACCUGUGAAUACUGUAACAUGGAGCUAAUCAGAGAACAGUUGCAGAAUCAUUAUAAUCUGGAUUGUCCAAAAGCACCUGUCCCCUGUACUUUCAGUGUCUUUGGCUGCCCAGAAAAGAUGCAGAGGAAUGACCUGGCAAUGCACCUCCAGGAUUACACACAGGCCCACAUGCGGAUGAUGGCCCAGACGCUGCGCAGUGUGAGCUCAGGACUAAACUCCCAGGUGUCAUCCAUUAACAUACUGAAUUCAGAAGACGAUUUCGAGCCAGCGACACUCCCAGGGUCACUGCAGGCCUCACGCUCGCAGUCAACACCAGCACUUGGGGCCUCGCCAUCUUGUGACUGCUCACCUCUGAUUCAGAACCUGAAAGAGACUGUUCAUCAACUGGAGGGACGUCUGGUCCGGCAGGAUCAUCAGAUCCGGGAGCUCACUGCUAAGAUGGAGACGCAGAGUGGCCAGGUGGGGGACCUGAAACGGAGUGUCCGGGCACUGGAAGAACGCCUUGGUGAGCUGGAGGCCCAGCAGUGCAAUGGGAUUUUUAUCUGGAAGGUGGAAAAAUUUGGUGCCCACCUGCAGGCACAGGCAGAGGAUCAGCCUGUCGUGCUCCACAGCCCUGGCUUUUAUACAGGCAAGCCAGGCUACAAGCUGUGCCUCCGCCUGCACUUGCAGUCACCUAGUGCCCAACGCUGCUCCAACUACAUCUCACUCUUUGUGCACACCAUGCAGGGCGAGUAUGACAGCUACCUAACCUGGCCCUUUCAGGGCACCAUCCGGCUCUCUAUUCUUGACCAGUCAGAGGGUCCCAUCAAGCAGAACCAUGAGGAGAUCAUGGAGAGCAAACCCGAGUUGCUGGCCUUCCAGCGGCCUGCUCUACAGCGCAACCCCAAGGGCUUCGGCUAUGUCACCUUCCUGCAUCUCAAAGCCCUCCAGCAGCGCACCUAUGUGAAAGAUGACGUGUUGCUGGUCCGCUGUGAAGUCGUGACCCGCUCUGAUCUGAGCUGGAUGCGGAAGGAUGACUUCCAACCACGCUCAGCAGAAGGUGGUCUGUGACAUUUAGCUGGUGCAGCAGAGCCGCUUAAUAGCAUUUGCUCCCAGGGCCUGUUACGAUAAAAGCAGUAAGGGUGUUUAUGUACGUGGGUAAGAGGAACCCCAUGUCUUCCUUCCUCACUGACUUGUGUCAACAACGAACAGCCUGUUGCAAUUAGUAAUGGGUAUAAAGGGGCUGGUAAAUUUGAAUUGACAUUGCCAAGGAAUUAUUAUCUCUGUUUUCUUAAGAUAAUUCUAUUUUCAUGCUCACAAUUGAUCACAGACUAUUAUCGUCCCUGUGUUAGUGUAAUUUAACUGAUUUGGCAUCAAUGUAAAUAACACUGCACAUGUUUAAUAUAUACAAAUAUGUAUCUUUUAAUGUGAGAGUUCAUUUCAGUUUGUUCCACUAUCCCCUUCACUGACCAAAAUUGUGUCUGAAACUCAGUCACAUCUUGCAAAGUCUGUGUUCCAAGAGCAGAAGCUGUUGUAGCCUCAUUAGGUGCAGUUCCAGGUGCCAGAGGCUGAGACUUUAUCCCAGCUUUUCUGACGUCACUCUCCUUUCUCCUCCUUUCACAUUGCCUCUUCCGAAAACUUGUUUCUUUGCUGGUUGAGUUCCAGAAACUGUGCUAGGUAACUGUGCAGUAAGAUCUGAGCCAUGAUUCUGGCAGAUGAGAAGGCCUCCAUUCCACUGAGGGUAGUGGCAUCUCAGCCUUUCCCACUUGCUUCAAGUAACAACUGUUAAAUGUGUUUGUUAUUACCCCCAUUAUCGAGAUUACAGGAAACCUUUUCUGUCAUUACUGAAAUCAACUAACUUGGAAUAAUAGUUGGGUAUUGCCUUUGACCAGAUACUUAAAGGGAUUAGCCGUACAAAUACUGUGGUUAUAACAGCAAAUUUGGGGUCAAUAACAGCCUCUAUAUUCCACAAAGCCUGUCAGCUGACUACCAGUCACAUCAGAAGUGUGAUGGAAUAGUUUCUACUUGCCGAGUGGACUGCAGUUUGAAUAACACGUGAAAUUUAGCAUCAUCUAGAACAAAGCAGCCUGAUCCAUUGACACCCAUCCACCACCUUAGACUUCUUUCAUUUCCAUUGCACAGUGGAAGCAGUGAGUACCUUCUGCAAGAUAUACUGCAGUAACUCACCCAACCACUCCAUCGACAGUACCUGCCAGAUCUCUUACCUCUACCACUUAAAAAGAAAAGGGCCGAAGACUGAAAAUGUCACUGCCUGCAAGUUUCCCUGCAAACCACACAUCAGCCUGACUGGAAUUAAAUCACUAUACCUUCACAGUUACAGGGUCAAAAUCCUGGAACUCCCUUCCUAGCAGCUCUAGGUAUUUGUGUCCCUAACCAUGUAUUGCAAAGAUUGAAAAAGGUGGCUCCCCACCACUUGCUCAAAGGCAGUUUGAAUGGACAAUAUAUGCUGGUCCAUCCAGUGACACCCAUUGCUGUAAAUGAAUUUUUAGAAAGUCUGGCAUGGAAUGUAGAAACUUUGUUAACUUGCUUCAGCCUCAGAUCAGCAUCAAGUAAAGAAGGACAUGGAAGUUUUUCCAUUGUUAAUAAUCAUUGUCUCGCGACUCAACAUCACCUUGGAAUGACUGUAUAGUCUGAUUUCAUUGUUGUUUGUGUGAGCAUGUUUUCUGUCACGUGCCGUAUUUCCUGACAAUAGGAACAGUGACGACAUUGGAACACUUUUUGAAAAUUGUAAGGACCUAAAAGCUGCUACAUAAUGGUCCUGUCAUGGAAUCUUCUCUCUUACUGUGAAGUGAAAGGUGUGCCAUGUUCAUGGACAACACUCCUGCUUUGUUUCAUCGUAAAUGUGUUUCAUUCAGGCAAAGUCUUACUGACUUUGAGUGGUAUCUAUUUAUUUCGUUUAUGUGUAGUUUUCCCCUCACAGAUCAUAUCACUUGUAUUAAAGAAAUUCCAAACAUUAGUCAUUCCUGUAAAGUUAGUAGCAUCCUUUGAUUUCCAGUUUUUUUUAAACAAAAAGUGCCUGUGUUUCUGACUACCUCUCAUCCAUUUCUAGCAUUUAAAGCAGACAGUGGCGCUCUUCCCCAGUGAGCCAGAUAAUGGGUGAAGUCUACCAGGUAGUGUCACACUGAACCCAGGUUUAAGCUGUUCUCUGUUUUGGAUGAGCUGGUGCAACAGGCAAAGUGCUGAUGAACUAGGUUAUGGAUGGAUCAUCAGCCAUCUCUUCCACUGACUCCUACUCUGAACUAUUUGAAGCUGGUGAGAACAGCGCAGUGCCUAAGCAUGGGAAGAUGUUUGCAGUUGAGUGACCUAUGCAGUUCCUAACAGAAAGUGGGUGAAGUGGUGGAAAGCAAUUGCCACUCAAUAAAAAACUGUUGUGUUUGAGUCAACAUCAAUGGCUUGUUAAAAGAAAAAGUUGCAAGUUGGUAAAUUCAGAAAUUGUAAAUUUUUAUGUUUGUUUUCACGAUGAAUUGGAUGAAGUGCAUUAUUGACACUUUAGCAAUGUGCCUGUCAUUUAGUUCAUAUAUGAACUUGUGUUAAAAAUGCAGUUAAUAUUUUUGGUGACUGUUUCAGUGAGGAUUGUCGUCUUUAUCAGUAGGAGGAGUCAAUGAAAGGAAAAACAUUUAAAAAAAAACAAUGAAACAUAUGCUUUUGGAUAUUUUCUACCUUUUUCCCCCUUUAGUUUCACCAUGUGCGUUUUAGACUACUCUUAGAUGAAGAAUGUUGGAUCAAACUGCACUACAGAGACUUCAGCACAUACAGUAUGCCUCAGUCGUGAGGAAUUUCAGAGAUUGAAAUACUGAAUCAAGACCCAGCUGUACUCGAGAAAUAGAUCCCAUGGCAUUAUUUACAAGAACAUGGGAGUUCUACUAAUGACCUGGCCAACAUUUAUCCCUUAAGCAUCACUGUUUACACUCGGAAAGGUUAUGCUAAUUUUGUUGAGUCUUAUGCUACUCACUGUACCAGGGACAAUAUAUUCUAACUAAUGCAACUGAACUGACUCUUAUCAAAGUUUCAAAUGAUACUCUGCGUAUAGGUGACAAAAUUAGACUGUCUUUAAACUGUCUGCUUUGUUGUAACUGAGACAGCUCUUUGUAUUUCAUCUACUGACACUGCUAGCAGCCCUGCACAUCUUUCCUUCUAAAAUCCAUUUCUUUUUUGGAAAGCUAUGAUUGAGCCUGCCUCUGCCACAUUCUCAGGCAAUGCAUUCCAGAUCAUAACCACGUGUUACAUGAUUUAUCUUAAACUGGUGCCCUGAAUUUUUUGAAGUUUGACAAUAGGAACUAUGUGUCUCCAUUCUGUAGAGAUUCUUUUGAAUACCUCUACCAAAUCACCCCCAUGCUUCUCCAGGGAAAUCAGUACUGACUUCUCUAAUCAAUGCAAAUAGAAAUUUUCAUCCAAUGAACCAUUCUUGUGAAUCUCCUCUGCUACUGCUCUAAUGUCUUCACAUCUUUCCUAAAAUGUUGUGACCAUAGCUUUACACAGUUCUUCAGCUGAAGCUGACACAAUAUCAAGUCUGCUCUGCCAUUCAAUUAGAUAAUGGCUGUUCUGGUUUUAACCUCAGUUCUGUAUUCCGGAAUAUUCUCUCAAUCUUCCAUCCCCUUGAUAAUUAAGAAUCUAUCUACCUCUACCUUAAAACUGUUUAAAGGUUCUGCAUCCACUACCUUUUGAGAAAGGGAAAAAGUUUCUGCAUUUUGGUUUUAAAUGGACACCCCCUUAUUUUUAAACUGUGACCCACUACUUCUAGAUUAUCCCACAAGAGAAAACAUGCUUUCAACAUUUCCUUCUGGUGCGUCCCUGAUUUUAAUGACUUCACAAUUCGAAAUUGUGCAUUCAUCUAGUUACACCACAAGCUCUUCACUGAUCUCUCUAACUCUUUUCUUCCUUUGGGAUGUUCUUUAAAAUCUGUGUUUAGUACUCUUCUGCCUCUUUUAUACAGCCCAGAGUAAAUCCCAAUUGCUUAUUAACUGCUCUCUAUCUUGUUAUCUUAAGUGAGUUGUGCACCUACAUCUCCAGAUUCCUCUACACCUGUGCCAAUUUUAUUAUUGUCUGCCUUAAUUUAUAUUUCUCUUGUAUUUCCUACUGUAUGGAUUUCUUCACACUUCUCUCUAUUAAUUUUCUUUUCCUUCUCACUUUCCUGCAUUAAAUUUCAUCUGGCCAGGUUGUGAUCACACCAUCCUCCUCUAGUCCCUCCCGUGAUGUUCAAUUGGAUGAUGACACCCUCAAAUGGUUCCAUUUACAAUCUAUCUUGACAAAGUGAGAAUAUCUCUUGCAAUGACUUUUUUUCAUGCUGUCCGAAAAUUAACUCUGUUGGCCCCCAAGAUCUGGUCAUCAUCUCCUCCAUUCUCUCAUCAAAAUGCUGCCCCUCACUGACAAUUUGCAACAGCGUUGCUUUUCACAUGCUUACUGAUGACCUCUGGCUCUACCUCACCAUCAACUGUCUCAACUCCUCCACUGUUGCUAAGUUUUCAGAUUGUUGCUCUCGUGGCUGAUGUUGGAUAACUAAAUUUCCUCCAGCUAUAUUUUGGGAAUACUGAAGCAAUUCGCUUCAGUUGUCAUUAUAAACUCUAUUCCUAAUUACCAGCACCCAUCCUUCUCUGUCAACUGCUUUAAGUUUAAACCAGACUGUUUGUUAUCUUGUUGUUAAAAUUAACCACAAGUUGAAUUUCUAGCUUCAUAUCUUAGCUAGAAUUAGGGCACCAAUUUCCAUUUCUGAAUCAUUGCCUGAUUCUAUUCUCCCUUGGUUCCAUCUGCUUUUGAAACUCAUUCAUCCCUUUGCACCCUCUUUGCUUGACUAUUCCAAUAAAAUUCUGGUUGAUCACUCCUCAUUCCACCUGCUGUAGCCUUUAAGAUCAUUCAAAACUCUGCUUGCGUACUUACAUUAAGUCCCAUUCAUCUGUCACUCUUGUUCUCACUUAAAGUGAUGUCUUGAGUUUAAAAUUCUCAACCUUGUUUCCAAAAGGUGGCCUCAAUCCCUUCACCAACCCUAUAAUCUUAUGAGAUACAUGUGCUCAUCUAACUUUUCAUCCCUGAAGUUAAUGAUUCCAUAUUAUGGUAUUUGUGGCUUCCAUUUGUCCAGGGCCCAAGUUCAGGAAUACCUUCCCCACUGUCUACCUUCUAACCCUCUACCUUCCCUUGGGUCAUUCUCUGAAAUCUGCCUUUGGCUUAAAAUUGACUAUCUCAUGUGGCUUGAUUUUUUUCAAAAAAAGUAAUGGUCAUGGAAGUUCUUUGGGAUAUUUUAUUACAUUAAAGGUUCUAGAUGGACAAAAGUUGAUUUGUACAAAAACAGAAGUUGCUGGAAAAGCUCAGCAGGUCUGGCAGCAUCUGUGAAGAAAACAUCAGAGUUAACGUUUUUGGUUCAGUGACCCCUUCUCAGAACUGGUUUUGGUUUUUAAAUGUUGAUUUGUACCUGAUCCUGCAUUCACUGCACUGGGAUUGACCUAUUCAAAAUAGGCACUCACCUUAUUUUGUCUGUCUUCCACUUUCUGUAAUUUAUUCUGUCUGACCUCACCUUCUCUGUAAAGGUUAUUCUGUCUGAUCUCACUAUUCUAUUUGGUUUAUUCUGUCUGAUCUUAUAUUUUCUAGUCUGUCUGAUCUACUCUGUCUGAUCUUGUCAUCUGCAGUGCCAGGUUUAUUCUAUCUGAUCUCUCCCUCUUGUACGCUAGCCUGUAUUCUGAUUGUCCCCAACAUGGUUAAAUGCUGGGUCAAUCUGAUUUCACAACAUUAAAAUGCUCUGUAACAGAUCCUUUUUGUUCGCACUUCCCAAUUCUUUUCACUGUAGGAAGGGGAAUGUUUAUUUUGUAACUUGUUUCUUGAUAACAUUUAGAAUCUAAUAUUAUGUCAUUGACUCAACUCGGGAAUAUACUAUACUUACA